AUGGCCGAACCAGCCCCACACCACCAUCUAACCCGCCCAGGCUCACUCACAUCCUCUCCCACUCGCAUAUCUCCCCGCCGACGCAGGACCAAGCAAGCCCCUCAAGCCAGGCAGUCUCCCCCCACGCGUCCCGUUCGCAACCUGCCUCCUACCCAGCGCGUCGCAGUGGUCGUCCCGCGUCCCUCAAGAAGCAGCACACAGGCCAAGAAGAAAACCCACGCCCUGCCUUCCUCCUCCUCAGCCCCGAGCCUCAAAAUGCUGUCCCGCAAACGCGCCUGUCCCGAGCCAUUGGAUCGAUUCGAUUCGGAUCAGCAGCCCGAGGUGGUCCCCCGUCUGCGGAAGAAGACGCGCCAAUCUGGGCCACUGACCCCUGCUCCAACUAGUCCAAUCAACCCCCCGGAUCUAGAGCCCGAGAGCUCGGAGGACGAGAUCUUGCUCAAACGAUCCAACCAGACCAAGCCAAACUCAACCACCAAGCCUCUUCAGCUGCCCAGUCCUACCUCAUCCCACACCGAGUUCCCCACCCGCACCCGAGCGAAAGCCAGAAGCCUUACCAGGAAAGCUGGUCAGACAGAGGCACAACUCUCAUCGACACCCGCCAAACCCAGGUCGAAGAAGAUUGUUUCUCAAACGGCACCUGUCCAUCGCGUCAUGACUUCGGCCAACGAUCAGACCCCCCGAAGAACACGUGGUCGACCGCGCCAACGGCCUCUCUCGCCUAGCCCUUCCCCGAAUCAAUCGCCAGCCCAUCUACUUGCCAAGAACCAGCUCUGCGGCCCCGAAAGUGGCGGCGAAGAUUCGGACGCGCAGGAUGGCCCUGGCUCGCCCACUCCCGUGAAAGCGAAGCUCUUCAACAAGCCCGUCGAAGCCCAUCCGUCGAACACACCGCGUCGAAGCCCGCGUCGUCCGGGCCCUUCGGCAAUCCAUCGCACAACCACACCCGAUGCUGAGAGUGUCGACGAUCUGUUGAGGCAGAUAGAAAGCAUCAUCCCGCAGGACUCGCACGUCUUAUUGGACCACUCAUCUCUUCUCGAUCGAAGACCGCAGUCAGCCGCGGCUGAAACAAAGGAAGACGACAUCGUAUCUGGCGUCGAUGAGCGAUGCUUCGAAGUCUUGAAAGACGCACAAGUUGCGGGAAAGGACGAUCAGUCCGACGACGACGAAGCAGAUGCCCAGUCUAGCGAAACUGAGGCUGACCAAGUUGCUGCAGAACUCAGCCGACAGCUGUUGUCUUCCUCCAACCGGUCCCCCCGGAGACUGUCGUCGGUCUCUCCGAUCGAAAUCUCGGCUGCAUCAAGCACCCGGCUGCGCCGCUUGGCCCGCCGUCCGGACAAUCCUGCGACGCCCGCGAGCCCGAAAAAGACGAUCGCCAAGGACCCUGAGAGCAGCAAGACGGCCACCUCGCCAGCAAAGAAGGUCGUCGAUACAGACGGAUUCGCGGCGGCCGUCGUCAUGCCCUAUCUCCACGACCUCCUCCAGCAUCUGUCGGGAGUCCGGCCCCUCUCGAUCCGCAUACCCCAUGCCCUCGUCUCCAACCCCUCCGACCGGGCCACACAAGAUCCUGCCCGCACCCUCGCCAUCCUCGACCAGACACCCUGUCUUGUUGGUCUCGAAGACUUGGAAAUCGAGCUCCGCUCGCUCCUCUUUCGAUCCAUCUCCCAAAGCGAAGGCAACGUUUUGCUGUUGUGCGGAGCUAGGGGAAGCGGGAAAACUGCCGUCGUUUCACGCUCGCUGGCGUUGUUGUCUGACCCGCUCAUCUGUGGCGCCGAAGGUUUCAUCACGAUCAAGCUGAACGGGCUAGUCCAUAACAGCGACAAGGUGGCCUUGAAAGAGAUGUGUCGCCAGCUGUUUUCGUCUCUGGCGCUAUCGAAAGACUCGGACCAGCGACGGAAAAUGGACCAGGUGAACCGGGACCUGGACUUCCGACCCGACGAGAGUGCCGAUGAGGAUGAUGAGGAUGAUGAGGAUGAUUACAGCGGGGUUCGUAUCCGGCAGGCCGACCAACCCAGGUUUACCAACUACGGCGAAACCUUGAAGAACUUGCUGGACGUGCUCGAGCCUUCAUCCUCUCUCUCCGUCGACCAUGAUCCAAAUCUUGCCGGCCAAUCCCCUCAGAAGAAAAAGACGAAAAAUAGCAAGGCGCUGGUCAUCAUCUUGGAAGAGUUCGACCUCUUCUCCGAUCUGGAUCGCCAGUCUUUCCUUUACUGUUUACUGGACUCCGUCCAAGGCAACAAACGCCAGAAUGGGAUCUGUGUCAUCGGCACUACCUCGGUCGUUGAUUGUUUGGAUAAGCUCGAGAAACGUGUCAAGUCGCGAUGCCAAUCAAGGAUCCGUUACUUACAUUCUCCCAGGACCGAGCCGGAGCGGAUCGAUCUCCUGAGAUCCUUGCUCGAGCUUCCUGACCACCACGAUCCGCAUCCCUCCUCCCCGGCCAAGGAUCUGGCCCAGAAACAAGCGACUUUGGUGCAGAAGUGGAACGAGGCUCUCGGCUCGUUUCUGGACCAUGCUCAUACGCGCGACUGGCUCAAAUCCAAAUUCAUGUUGAUCAAUGAUCCGUUGGUUUCAAUCUUGCAAGACCUGAACGGGAUGGUUUCGAUGCUAGGGUACCAAGUGAGACGGACGGGGCAGCUGAAGUUCCCGGCCUUGAACCCGAGCGAGCUGUUCCCGACGGCGCCGGUAGGGAGCAAGCCGGGGGGCGGGAAGACGAUGCGCAGCACGACGGCCGCCUCGACGACGCUGCCCUGGUGGGCGGACGCGCUGAGCAUCGCCGAGUUCUCCGUCCUCAUCGCCUGCAAACACCUCGCCUCCACCCACCACAACGGCAUCUUCAACCUCGAGAUGGCCUGGGAUCUCUAUCGCCAGCACCUCAAACGCCUCGCGUUCGCGCUCGACUCCGACCCCCUCGGGUCUGAUGGCCGGGCCACCGACCAGCUCAGACCCGCCGUCGUGCGCUCGCAAGUCUAUGGCCGAGACGCGUUCGAACUAGCGUGGGAGAGGUUGCAGCGACUGGAGCUAAUCUUGCCGAUUGACAUCCUCAACUCGGGGGCCGCCGGGCUCGGGAAGAAGAAGAAGGCCGCAGUGAUCUUGGGCAAGCGGUACGAGCUCGUCAAGCUCGUCCCGUUCCUCUCCCAGAUCGACCUGGUCCUCCUCGUCUCCUCGUCCUCCCACCAUCUCCCCCGUGUCGGGCUUGCCCAUCAUCUCAUCAAGUGGGCUAAGAACUCCUCCGACUGA